GAUCGGUGACGUGGAGCAAAACGACUGGCUGUAUUUCCACUUAAGCGCACAUGACUUCCUUCUUUCUAAAAAUAGCUAUGCGGUGUUUUCCCGUAUGGCCUAACGUUAAGUACUGCUCAGUAUAAUAUUCCGUAUUUAUAAAACAGGGGCGACAUCGACUAGACGCUUGCUGUACAUUCAGACAAGAUUGACGGUCAGAUCGUCACUACUGAGUCAAGCGUCAAGUACAUGGAUAACAACCCAGUCAAAACAGAAUCAGUGUCGGAUUUAGGUACAUAUACACCACCAGUAAGAAUGGAAGUCACACAUACCAACCCCCAGUUCCACAUGCUGCCAACAGUGCCUCACGUCACGCAGCUAAUACCAGUGACGUCACACCUUCCACAAAAACCUGAGCCGUCCACGAGUCUGUCCCAAGGAGAACUAGAUUUCUUGGUGUCCUGCUUAACCCAAAUCGCCUGUUUCCCAAUCGGAUAUGGUACAGAGCAUAUAGAAACAGCUGGAAAUAUUCCCUUAUUCGAAGAGCUGAUCGACAGCUCAGACACAGCACCAAGACCUGACAACUCAAAGAGAUUAAACACUGGAACAGGGGAGACAACUGCAGCGUUUACUGCUAGCACCAGUGACAUGGAGACGGCAGCAAAAUUUGUCCAAGACCUUCUGCGCAACCCCCAGAUUGAAACUUGUCACUCACCUUCUCGGCGUCAAGGUCAUGAUUUCACGCAGAGAAGGCAGCCAGGAUUCCAAAUGCCAUCUUCACCAAUGGGUCAAGGUCAUCAACCUGGACGUCAAAGCCCACAAUUUGAAGGUCAAAUCUCUCCAUACGGAGGUCAAAGCCCUCCUUUCUCUGGUCAAGGGUCACAGUCAGCGACGGAGUUCUACUUUCCCAUUAUGGAGAAUCCAGACCACCUCUCCUCUCCUCCAAUGCUCAUGGAUAUGGGAUAUCAGCAAGGUCAAGGUCAAAGCUACGUGCAGGAUCCUGGAGCAACGUCUCAAGGUCAGCCUCGGCUGUGGAAGUUCAUCCUUGACCUUUUGGAAGACUCACGUUACAACCCCUCCCAUAUCGUUUGGGUCAACCGCCAGGAAGGCAUCUUUCGGCUCAUAGACCCUCCCAGACUAGCGGAGCUCUGGGGCCACGUUAAGGGGAACAAGAGUAUGAACUACGAGAAGCUUAGCAGAGGGUUGAGGUACUAUUAUACACACAACGUCCUGGAACACGUUCCAGGGAAGCUGGUUUACAAGUUCGGCCCGGGGGCACAGGUGUGGCAAUACCUCUCCCAGCCGUCGAUGACCAUGUACUCUAGAACAGUAUCCAGCACGGUGACGUCACAGUCCCAUUACCCUCCCCAUACGUCAUAUUAGAUGACGUCAUUUAUGUAUGACCGAUACUUUAACUCGAAAGUCAUCUAGUCAAACAUUCAUUGCAAACAUGCGUUCUGUAAGCACCAAGAUACGGCUGCUUACAGAUCACAUGUCAGUCUUCUAGACUUUGCACAUCCCGGAUGCACGUUUAAGACAUGCAUCAUUCGGUUACGGGUACUAUUUUUCUGUAUGUUUUUGGGUUCUGUCAAAGGUGUCCCUUGGCAUUCAGAAAAAGUGCCAACAUGGCUGUACUAUUCCGCCAUGCCAGUGUGAACCGGUUCAGUGACGUGAUAUCUACACUGUCGUGUGUACGGUUUUACACGAGUAGGAACGGGCCGAGUUGUAUAUAGUAUAUCUGUGAGGUAUACUUAUUCGGACUGAGCCUGCUUGCUACAAGAGAAAUAAUCAGUUAGAUUUUUUCAUGUAUCCUCUAUGAGGACUUAACAACAUAAUUUCAUGUGCAAACUGGGUUCUAUGAAACAACCAACUUGACAGUUUACGGAGAUAACUCAACACCUUAAAGUCGUAACAGUGUAUCUCGGCUGUAAAGGUAGUAAUCGAACGAAACAUCCAGAUCGCUGCUUAUUCCCCAACGAAACUGUUAUCCUGCUACUUAGUGACGUCAUGCUAUUGUGAAGUGGCCACGUCAUGAUUUAUAUCAGAUCUGCCAGCCUUUGAUUGUCGUUCGAUAGCACCCUUUAAAAGAAGUUCACGUCAAGGUGACGUUAAACAAUCCGGAGAUACAUAAUGAGUUUAAACGACUUUGAGGUAAUGAGGUAUUAUCAUGGCUGUCGUAAUAUCUUUAAAUACAGUUUUGAAAUGAUAUCAAAAUUACUCUCCACUAGUAUACGGUACUGGUGUUUUCGGUCAUAUACUCACUAUCGCUGAAGGAACAGUCAUAUUAUAUUUGUUAUGAAAUCAACAUCUUCAGAAAAUCCCGUUAUUCAUGGUGUGUAAACUACAGUCACCAUUCUAAUUUGAGUACGUUUGGUUCUUUGGUUAAUGUUUCAUAGUACCCAUUAACUCACAACGCUCUGCGGCCAUAACAAAUAAAUUACGCUUAAAAUGAAAGUUUUCUUUUCAUCGAAGAUCAUUCUUCAUGUAAAUUAUUCAAAAUCAAGGGCGCAUCACUCUGUUUACUAUGAUGUUAUACCUUUUUCUUAACAUGGCUGCUGACACCAGCUAAGCACCACAAAAAUUCACAUGGUGAAUAAACUUUACUUUUUCCAAAUUGUUAUGUCUAAUUAUAUCUGCCCACCUUCUCAUGUUGAUAAUAACGAAGUAUAAGGUAGUUUCUUGUUGUGGCCUAUGCGAGCAAAUGCAUUUACGCUUUGUUCACUUGCUGUAAAAUAUAUGGCAUAUCUGUGUCAAAAUUGUAUAAAUUAUUUCAAGUUUUUGUUUUGAGUAUGAUGAUAAACCUUGCCUCCUUGUUUUGCUAGAAUUAGACUGCUGUCAUGUGGAGGUUGGUGUCAUGUAUUGGUCAACAUACAGUCCGGGAUGCUCAAUGCCCAUCCUAUUGAAUCAUUGGUAUAUUUGUUUUGUUCAAUGCCCAUCCUAUUGAAUCAUUGGUAUAUUUGUUUUGUUCAAUGCCCAUCCUAUUGAAUCAUUGGUAUAUUUGUUUUGUUCAAUGCCCAUCCUAUUGAAUCAUUGGUAUAUUUGUUUUGUUCAAUGCCCAUCCUAUUGAAUCAUUGGUAUAUUUGUUUUGUUCAAUGCCCAUCCUAUUGAAUCAUUGGUAUAUUUGUUUUGCUCAAUGCCCAUCCUAUUGAAUCAUUGGUAUAUUUGUUUUUUUCCCUUUAUUUCGUGGUGCUUACGGAGUUUCAGACCAAACGGGCUGUCACUCUGGAUAAAUCAGGGGAAGAUCACCAUUUCUGACGGAACGUGUCCAUUGUUUUACUUGAAAGGCAAGAUACGUCGAAUACAUUUAAGGAUAUAACGAAGGAUGAUUUUUUCCUAAGCGGUAGACCAGAGCACAAAAUAUUCCACUAUCUCAAUCAUCCAUGCAUAUCUCAUCAAUAAACUACAUCAUUGGGAUAAUUGUUAAUAAUGAAAUCUUCUGAAACGUUUCAUGAAAGUAUGUUAUAUUCUUAUAUACUGUUCUGUUAGAAUCACACCUGUCGAUAUGUACAUUUCACCCUUUGACAGUCAUGCGUAUUGCAGUUAUUCAAUUUUGAGUAAUCCAUCAAUAUAAAUAGAAUGAAAUAGAUCAAUAAUCUUAUCACAAUUUGGUUAAAAUGAACAGUUUGUACUAGAAAUAUAAUAAGAGAAUCGUGAUGUUUAAAAUGAUUUCGAUACAGUUUAUAACAAGACGGAAAGAGAUUUAGAUUAGUCAAACAAACGAAUGGUGUGCCAUCACAUAGAUUAUGUAUUGGUCAAGUUGGAGGUGUACAGCCUUGGUUAUGAUGACCACUGUCCAGCCAGUCUUCAGAGUAGAUCAAAGAGUUCAUAAGAGUAAUAAACGUCACAAAAGAGUCCCGUGAUCCUUACAAACUGCCUCUUUACGCCCGAGCUGUCAACUAUGAUUGAACAUAUACAUUAACAAUUCAUUACCGGCAUAGCAAAGGCGAGACUUAUGAUCGCCUUCACGUCAUAGUAGGACAAGCAGGGAGUGAGUAUUGCCCCUUGGCUACUUCCACUAUCGGCAGUCAAUCACUCAUGAAUCGCAAACCUUCGAUUGUGUAGAUGUUGUUGAGAGGAUGACUGUAUGAUUUGUAAAUAAUUCUUGUUACAGUUGUGUUUUUCGUUUUGAUAAAUAUUCCCACGAUGUGCCUGCAUUUAUGUUCACUGAUAUGGUCUGGUGGUUAUGUACAUUAUUGAUCAAUCUAUUA